CCAAAGAUCAUAUCGACUAUCCCGAAACCUCCACCUAGGCCAAAAACAAGGCCGCCUGAUUGCGAAGACAAUCCCAUCCAGGCUGAUGAACGGAUGAGACGCGCUCAGUCUGUAGCCGUAGACUUUGCACGACUAGACGCGCCGUCGCAAAAGCGCCUCAAGGUGCGUAAUAUAGGCAAUUUGCCAGUUCCUCACCCUGCAGUGAUGGUCACGGAAAGUCAUCGACACGGAACAGUGCGCAGGCAGGCACUACGACCACCAAUACCUGGUGCCAUUGAUUCCCCACAUUCAUUGCGGGCAACCUGCAUCGUUUUCCCCACUGCUUCUCCUGAGGAUUUGCAGUCACACAAGACACACGGCAAAGCAGUUAAGAAGAAGCCACCUUACGAACAUCCGCCUCCUGCUUAUUGGAGGCCAGAUUCUAAUCAGCGGGGAAAAUGCGUGGGCUAUGGACUGGGCUAUCCAGGAAGCUGGAGUGUUCGUUAUGAGGGCGAUCCGAGGAAACGAUGGUAUGUGAGAGAUACAAUGCGGAAAGCAACUUUCAUCUCGUAG